AUGGCCGAGUGGAUAACAAGUCGGACUAGAAAUAUUCUAAGAUCUCUAGCCCCACGGGUUCAAACCCUGCCAGAGUUCCUUGAGCAACACACUUUACACUCAUCGCUCACCUACGUCAAUGACGACCGUGAUGAUGACGUUGAUAUUGAUGAUGAUUAUGAUGAUGACGACGACGUCGAUGAUCAAGACAGACGCUUAGCCUACCUAGAUGACGCGGAUGAUGAUGACGUUGACAUUGAUGACAAUGACGAUGAUAAAAACGACGACGAUGAUGGUGGAGAAGAAGACGACGACGAUGAUGAGCAUGGUCAUGAUGACGACAACGACCCUCAUGAUGAUGACACAGAGACUAGCAAUUGCCAGGAUGGACCUCCCUAA